AAACUACUCCUACAUUACAGCUAAUUGUAAGCACCAACCGUAACAGAAAAUUAGUAUAUUUAUCCGCUUUCUUCAACAACAAAACACUUCCAUUUCGGAUUAAUUAGAUAAGAUUAUAGACUUUAUCCACCAAACUCAACAAAUCUCAAUAAUUAAUCAAUCUAACUCCAUCAACGGUCUACAUUCCUGCACGUGUUCCGUAUUUCAAUCAAAAAGCAAAAUCUAUUAUCUCGUUUUGUUUUUCCUUGUAUGAAUGAUGGAAGGUCCAGAACUCCUUGUUCGGUGAAAUAGCUUCCAUCAUCAUCAAAAAUUUCAAUCUCAAUUUCAAUUUCAAGAAAAUAGAAGAAGAUAGAGAGAUUAAUUUUAAUUUUAUUAUUUUUUUGUUAGAUUUUAAUUUGGGGGAAAAUGGAGGAUUAUUUAUUUGAUGUUAUGGAGUUUAUGAAGAAACCCUCAAUAACGGAAACAUUCGUCGAUAUUUUACUAUGUGCGGUUCCGAUUUGGCUCGCCGUCAUGAUCGGUUUAGUAAUCGGUUGGUCAUGGCGGCCACGGUGGACCGGACUUCUAUUCAUCGGUCUUCGGAGCAAAUUUCGGUUUCUUUGGACGGUUCCGCCGGGAUUCGGUGCUCGCCGUCUCUGGUUAGCUUUCACCGCCUUAUCGGCCUUCUCAAUUUGCCGUAGUUAUUGGUCCAAUUUCAAGAACAAGGCUAAAGCACAAGAUCCUUCUCAGUCUGUGAAUUCCGAUAACGGUGGUUCUGAUUCUACCGACGCUACUAGGUUUGGUGAUAAAGCUGACGAGAGAGAGAAGGAUACAGUUACACAAGCUGAUUUGGAACAUCUUCUUCAUCUUCUUGAAGGGAAAGAUGGAGUGAUGGACUGGCAAAGUUUUAUGGAAAGGUCUACACCAAAUAUGCAAUACAAAGCUUGGCGUUAUGAUUCUGAGACAGGUCCUACAGUUUACCGCAGUAAAACUGUAUUUGAAGAUGCAGAUCCCGAGUUGGUGAGGGAUUUCUUCUGGGAUGAUGAUUUCCGUCCCAAAUGGGAUCCUAUGCUCGCACACUGCAAAAUUUUGGAGGAAUGCCCCCUUAAUGGGACAUCGAUUGUUCACUGGAUUAAAAAGUUCCCAUUUUUCUGUAGUGAUCGGGAAUAUAUUAUCGCUCGAAGGAUUUGGCAGGCUGGAAAUGCAUACUAUUGUGUGACAAAGGGGGUGCCCCAUCCAAAUUUGCCAAAACGUGAUAAGCCCAGACGUGUAGAUCUCUACUUUUCUAGUUGGGUAAUCAAACCUGUGGAAUCUCGCAAAGGAGAUGGUCAGUUGUCUGCAUGCGAGGUCACCCUUUUGCAUUAUGAAGACAUGGGGAUUCCAAAAGACGUUGCAAAGUUAGGCGUCCGUCAUGGAAUGUGGGGUGCUGUCAAGAAAUUGCACUCUGGUAUGAGAGCAUACCAGAAUGCUAGGAAAACAGAUGCUUCUUUGUCGAGAUGUGCAUUGAUGGCAAGUAAAACAACCAGAAUUUCUUCUAAUGGAAACUUGCAUUCGUUAGAGGCUGCCUCUUUGAUGGAAGAGAGUGUGCAAGCCGUCAGAAAUACCCCACAAAUUGGUCACGGCCUGGACUGGAAAUGGGUGGCCUUAGGCGGGACUGUUGCUGUGGUUUUGGGUAUUCACAGUGGUGCAGUAGGGCGAGCAUUGUUGUUGGGAGCAGGGCAUAGAUUCGCACGGAGAUGAGUGAUCUAGGAUCUCAUCAAUGGAAUGUUCCAUUAAUCACCAUUCAGGAUAUUCAUCAUAAAUGAUAUUUAGACCAUAUUUAUCCCUAUCUAAUGUUAAUUUUGCAGUUAUUAUUAUCAUUAUUUUUUAUAUUAAUUCCAACCUUAUUUGAUUCA